CCCGCCCCGCCCCCGGGCUGCCCUCAGCGCCGCCCGAUUGCAGUUGUGGCCUCACCACAGAGGGGGCUUAGCCCAGACUGAGCGCGGGUCCCGAAGCCGCGCGAAGAUAGGAGGCCGUGGUUCCCCGUCAUCCGGGCCAUGUCGGGCUGUCACCCUCCGGAGGGAGACUGCGACUCGCAGUGCUGCGGCGCGCAGGACAAGGAACAUCCAAGAUACCUGAUCCCAGAGCUUUGCAAACAGUUUUACCAUUUGGGUUGGGUCACUGGGACUGGAGGAGGAAUUAGCUUGAAACAUGGCAAUGAAAUCUACAUUGCUCCUUCGGGAGUGCAAAAGGAACGGAUUCAGCCUGAAGACAUGUUUGUUUGUGACAUCAAUGAACAGGAUAUAAGUGGACCUCCGCCAUGUAAGAAUCUGAAAAAAAGCCAGUGUACUCCUCUUUUCAUGAAUGCUUACACAAUGAGAGGAGCAGGUGCAGUGAUUCAUACCCACUCAAAAGCUGCUGUCAUGGCCACCCUUCUCUUUCCAGGACGAGAGUUUAAAAUUACCCAUCAAGAGAUGAUCAAAGGAAUAAGGAAAUGUACUUCAGGAGGGUAUUAUAGGUAUGAUGAUAUGUUAGUGGUACCCAUUAUUGAGAACACACCCGAGGAGAAAGACCUCAAAGAACGAAUGGCUUGUGCGAUAAAUGAAUACCCGGACUCCUGCGCGGUCCUAGUCAGGCGUCAUGGCAUGUACGUCUGGGGAGAAACGUGGGAGAAGGCUAAAACCAUGUGUUCAGAAUGGUUUGAUCCCUAUCCAGCUGAAUUCCUGAGACCAGAUGAAAUCCAGGUCUCCUACUCCUCUGCCAUCUUGCUCUGCCCCCCCCAGGUGUGAGUGUUAUGACUAUUUGUUUGAUAUUGCUGUAUCAAUGAAGAAAGUCGGGCUGGAUCCUACACAGCUUCCAGUUGGAGAAAAUGGAAUCGUGUAAGACAAAUGAAAGUUUAAUGAUAUACACAGACAAAGUUUAUCUUGAUUAUGACUCCAAAUGAAACUCGACUAUUUUUAAUGAAUUGAACAUUUCUGUGAUACUAUUAAUUUGUCACUAAGUGCUGAAGAUGACCACCCUGAAUCUGUUCGGACAUUGGACAAUAUUUGCUAAUAAUAUAUUCUUGUAAUUUUAAAUGACAAUGCAGUGGAAUAAAAUAUUUCAUAAUGAA